AUGCUGAGAUUGUUUCGUAGGUCCUGGGGCAGCCAUGCCCAGCCUUCUGCUCAGCCCACCAGGAAGGAUGGUGUGUGGGAGGAACAGAAGUCUCCAGGGUUCCAGAAGAGAGGGACAGAGGUGUAUGUUGGCAACCUGCCCGUGGACAUCUCGGAGGUGGAGAUUCUGUACCUGCUAAAGGACUUCAGCCCUCUCCACGUCCACAAAAUCCAGAAUGGCUGCAAAUGCUUUGCUUUCGUCGAUCUGGGCUCCGUGCAGAAUGUGGCACUCGCCGUGCAGAAGCUGAACGGGACGUUCUUCCAUCAACGGAAGCUGUAUUUGAAUUCAAGUAAAAAUGUCUUCAAGAGGACGCAGGGCGUGGCUGGGAGCACCCGGGAGCUCCCAGUGCUGGAGGAGACAUCUGGUGAAGUGUCUGCCAGAAGCCUGGCUUGUGCACUGCCCACUGCUAGGGCCGGGGACAUCCAUACAGUUGAGAAACCCGGGACACCCAUCUUUGCAGUCCCCAUGGAGAUGAGGGGCUCCUUCCUGGCGUUGCUGCUGCGGGAAUGCUUCCGGGACCUGAGCUGGCUGGCCACCAUCUGCAGCGCCAGCGGGGAGGUGGGGCUGCUGGUCACCAGCGUGGUGCCCCAGACCCCGUUCUUCUGGGCCAUGCGCAUCACCGAGGCGCUGCACAAGAACAUGCAGACGCUCUUCAGCAGCCUGGCGGAGGCCGAGGAACGGCAGCCGUACCUGCGGGACGAGGCGGUGCAGCGCGGGGCCCGUGGCCUGGCCGAGCUGCAGCUGGGCGACCGCGGCUGUGCCUGGAACAGGUGCUGGGUGCUGGAGCGGGUGGGCGCCUGGGCCGUGAUCAUGUUCAUCGAUUUCGGCCAGACGGCCACCGUCCCCGUGGGCUCCCUGCGCAGCCUGGAGAGCGACGCCUUCUGGACCGUCCCCCCGCUGACUCAGCCCUUUGCGCUGGAGCAAGGUGUCUUGGGUUCUCAUCAGAUCAGCCAUUGUAUCCUCAGAGGGAAAGUCACAGGCACUUUGGGGUUGGAGCCACACAUCCUGAAGUUUAAAGAAUUUAAAUAG